AUGUAUAUCACACCUAACCAAUACUUUGCAGCAUAUCGAGACUUGAAACGAACGUCACUAUCUCACUCGACAUGUAAAUUGGUCAUUUUUGUAUCUUGUUUAGAUGUUGAUUCACUAUGCGCUGCCAAGAUGUUUAGUUUACUAUUAAAGAAAGAGUUGAUACAGUAUCAGCUACUCCCAGUGGUGGGAUACAAGGAUCUCAAACUGCAUUAUGAUAGACUAGACGACGACGUGAGUAACGUGAUGUUAAUUGGUUGUGGAGCCAUGUUGGAUAUUGAAAGCUUUUUGGAGGUUAACCCGGAGGAGUUGUUGGAUAAUGACGCUGAGCAACAAGAGGAUGAUCAAGACUUAAAUGACGUGAAGCAAAAUCAGUUCAAGAGAAAAAUAUAUGUUAUUGAUGGACACAGACCGUGGAAUUUGGAUAAUCUUUUUGGGUCUGAGGUUGUGGUUUGUUUUGAUGAUGGAUAUGUCGAUGGAACUUUGCUGGAGGAGAAGAAAGCGUAUGAGAUUUUGAUCUUGGAGGGCGAUGAAGAAGAUUCAGGUUCUGAGUCGGAAUUGGACUCCGCGGAAGAGGUGGAAGAAGAGACAGAUGUGGAUCUACCAUCAGAAAGUGAACUUGCGAUCAGCUCACAGGAUUCCGAAGAUACAAUCUCACGCAAACGAAAGCUACAAGAAAGACAUUCGCGACAACUCGAGAAACUAAAGAAGCAAAAAAGGUCACUUAAUGAAGACAAAUUACAGACGUACUACAAUCAAGGUUCUACCAUUAGCACCGCCAACACCAUCACCGUUUAUGCACUUCUUACAGCCAUUGGAGAGACAAACUUGGAAAGUUUGUGGAUCGCCAUCAUUGGAACAUCGUCGUUGGAUAGCCACUAUCCUGAGAUUUAUGAUAAACUACAACCACUUCUCAAAGAGGAAGUGAUGAGGUUGAACCCGGAGCACGAAAAUACCAAAAAGAAGGCUGACCAAAGCAUUCUACGUGUUGAACGAGAUUACCAUUUGUUUCUACUACGGCACUGGACUUUGUAUGAUUCUUUUUUCUAUUCAAGUCAUGUGAAUUCUAAGUUGAACUUGUGGACAGACGAAGGUAAAAAGAGGCUUCAUAAGCUUUUUGCAAAGAUGGGGGUUUCAUUAGCUGUUGCUCAACAAAAGUGGUUAUACAUGGAUACAAAAGUGAAGCGACAAUUGCCUAUUAUAUUUCGUCGCUAUUUGCCAAUUUAUGGACUAGAGGGAAUAGUUAGGGAAGGGUUCAUAAAGACAUAUGGAUACACGGGGCUGCUUUCUGCGAUGGAGUGUGUUGAAGCUUUAAGCGCGUUACUUGAGUUUGAUGAGAAGUUCAUUCAAGAGUCGGCGAAACGUAAUGAAGAGGAUGACAAAACUCUUGACAACGAAGACGACAAGAUAAGGAAAAGAAUGGAAAGGAAGGAGAGUUCUUGGUUGAAUAAUUUCUGGUCAUCGUGGGAUGCUUUAAAUGUUACCAAAUCGUUGAAAACAAGCGCCACACAAUCAUCCCCGUUUGCGAAAUUGAAAGGAAGUGAGUUACUUUUCCGAGGUUUGGAAUACGCAAAACAGUUACAACAAAUCACAUUUCGAACAGGAAUGUCUUUACUUGAACGUAAGAUGAUCAAAAACUUGAAGCUCUAUCGAUUAUGCGUGUUGAAUGAUGGUGCUGUUCCCGAUUUGGAAAUAUUUAUUAACCCACUAAUGUUGUCAAAAUUGGGCUCUUGGUUGAUCGAAAACUUGGCCGAAUUGGACUUUAUCAACGGAAACCAUUCUUUGAAACCAUUAGUAGUGGCGAGUUUGGAUGUGAGCAGUGACACUUAUCUUGUUAUUGGCCUUGCACCAAGGUACCCUCGUGGAAUGAGCAAUUCAGAAAAGGCCAAGUUGUUGCAAGAACAAAGCAAUGAUAAAAUUACUGCUGAAUCAAUGACAACGCAUUUAAAUACAUUCAGUGUUGCAUUUCAACAAUUGUCAAACACAUCUGGAGCUAAAGUGCGUGUUGACAGUUUUGAUAGUUCAAUAAUAGAAAUUAGGAAGGAUGAUUUGGCGCCGUUCUUGGAGAAGCUCACAUUAAGUGGCCUCAUAUAG